UGACGUAUGGUCUAAACUACUUGAAGUUUUACCACGGACUUUUAUUUUCACGAACAAGACGUGACUAAAUUAUAUUUUUUGUCGUUCACAAUGUCAAGCUUCUUUUUGUCGAAUGCCAACAAAAGGAAGAAGAAGAAUACAAAGUUGAAAUCAUCUCAGAAAAAAACAUCUGGUUCAAGAAAGACGAAAGUCGUGGAUGAGGAUGUAGGAAGCGAUUUUGAUUUUGAGAGUGAAGAACAAGCCAACAGGGACAUUGAUUAUUCAGAAGAUGAAACGGCCCAAGAGAAACGUCUUCGACUGGCAAAAGAGUAUUUGAUUCAGUUAGAAAACGAAGAGAAGGACAACCGACAAGAUAUCUCUGACAGUGAAGAUGUAGUUGGAGAAAGGUUGCAAAGGGAAGUGCUAGAGAAGCAAGGAAACUUAGAGAGAAAAAUAGCCAGUAGUUGUAUUUGCCCUAGUGAAGAUGAUAUCAAAAUACUUACUGGUCAUAGAUUGUCACUGACAUGCCUGUGCAUAUCUUCGAAUGAUAAAUAUGUGUUUUCAGGAUCAAAAGAUUGUUCCAUUGUCAAAUGGAAUCUGCUUAUUGGCUGUAAAGAAGGAAAGAUACCAAGUGGGCAUGUAAAAUGUGGGAAUAAUGAAAACCAUGGUCAUAUUGGGCAUGUAUUUGCAAUUGCCAUUUCAUCUGAUGGUAAAUUUUUGGCUAGCGGUGGGCAGGAUAAACUUAUUCGUAUCUGGAAUCCUGAGGACCUUACUCAUAUUCAUACUUUCAAAGGACAUCGAGAAGCUGUUACUGGUCUGGCUUUUCGUCAUGAAUCCAAUCAAUUAUUCAGUGCAUCUAAAGAUCGAACAGUGAAGAUUUGGAGUUUAGAUGAAAUGACGUUUGUUGACACUCUUUUUGGUCAUGAAGAUGGCGUCACUGCCAUCGAUUGCAUGAGAAGCGAACAAGCGGUAACCUCUGGAGGACGUGAUUCCAGCAUCCGUUUGUGGAAGGUUGUUGCAGAAUCCCAGUUGGUUUUCAAUGGUGCAGGUGGAUCUAUUGAUUGUUUGCGAAUGAUUAACGAGAAGACUUUCGUUUCUGGCUCUGACGACGGGUCUUUGUCGUUGUGGAAUGUCACAAAGAAAAAACCUUUAUAUACCAUUCAUAAAGCUCACAAAUCUGGAAACACCGACAGCGCGUACGCACCACGAGAAUCGUGGACUGCAUCUGUUGCUUCAGCUCGUAAUACUGACUUGAUAGCCUCUGGAUCUUCAGAUUCUUUCAUAAGACUUUGGCGUUGUGAAGAUGGAAAUAAAUCAAUUUCUUCUUUAUUCAGUAUACAUAUGAUCGGUUUUGUGAACGCUUUGGCCUUCUCAAAUCAUGGGGAAUAUCUUGUUGCUGGUGUUGGUCAGGAACACAGGUUAGGACGAUGGUGGCGUUUAAAGGAAGCAAAAAAUUGCUUAUGUAUUAUUCCUUUAUUUAAGGCUAGUGAUGUUAGCAGGACGUAGCUGAGAAAUAUUUGUUAUAUGUUACGGUAGAAUGCAUUAUUUUAUUCUGCCUUUAUAUUUCACAUGUUGGAACACACCGAGUUACGUUUUGAAGGGAUUAGUAUAAUUUCAUGUCAGCAUCCGUAUGACCAUAGGCGGCCCAAAAAAUCACUUACCUAGCCAACUCACCCCAUAUAUUUAUUCUCUAUAUUAUAAUAUAGAUACAAUCAAUUAGUACAAAGUUUGCGGCGCACGGUCUGUUACGAUAGAGUGGGGAGAGUUUUGUUUGUUUAAAUUAUUUAUCUAUUACUAACGAUAACUCACCCCAUAUAUUUAUUAAAUAUAUUAUAAUAUAGAUACCAUCAAUUAGUACAAAGUUUGCGGCGCACGGUCUGUUACGAUAGAGUGGGGAGAGUUUUGUUUGUUUAAAUUAUUUAGCUAGCUAAGCGAGUUUUUGGGAAGCCUAUGGUAUGACAGGAGUUUUUUUUGUUGCUUUUUCGUAUGAUUGAUGAAUUCUCGAUGGCUGUUAAGCGUAUGACGUCAAUAGAAAAUGACGUUGGCAAAAAUAAAGUAGAAAACGAAAACUUUCAUUUGUUAGUCUUCGCCAUGUUAUAUGUGAACGUUGUGAAAGUGUAGGUAUCCGAAAUCAGAGACAAAAAACGCAUACCGCUGACCAGGUGUUUAGUCAGCUUUGUUUUGAAUUGCUACUACCACAAACUGCUAUUAGCAAUGCACAAAAUAGUAUAAUUUCACCCUUCUAUUUGUGUACGUGUUUCACGUUUAGCGGUCAUCUGCGGAAUCCUUGGUCUUAAUCUCGUACGUUUUCUAAUAAUUAACAGAAACUUGAAAAAAAUUACUUCAUUCAUAUUUGGUAGAGGAAUCGGCAAAAAUUAAGAGGUUACGUUAUAGUUAGUUAAAGUGUUGGUCAAAUUUCAUACUGUAUUGCCUUAAAUAUUUCUGUAUGAACCGGGCAAUGCUUCAGUUAGCACAAUUCAUCACGUCUUACAAGUUUCAUACGUACACCACUUUAACAUACUUACAUUUCCGGUUAGCUCUAACCUGUCAUCUGUCUGAUUUAUCAACUUGGCAAAGACGCAUCCUUUUUUGUGUUUCUACAUGAAACUUUAUGCUGUUGUAGAUAUUGUUGAACGAUCUGGUCAAAAACUGAACAAACUCCUAUAGACACUUUCCUGCAUGAAAUAUAUUACAGCGGCCGACACUGCUGUUCAACUUCUUCAAGGAACAACUUCUAACACUCAACAGUCAACAUUAUUAAUUCCUGCUACCUUCUGUUCUAUGACCGUCAUUGUCUUCUCUUCGCUCUCCAACCUUUUCCUCAUUCAUACGUACAAUCAUACUCAAAAUACUCCAUCACAUAUUCAGUACCUGUCUAAAAAGAUAUCCAUCAUGUCACUCAACUGCAGCACAUUCUUCUUAUCUCUAUGUUUUUAUCACUCUAAUUUGUAUACACAUGCAUUGCGUUCCUUUCUACGGUCUAACCGAGCGUUCAUUGGUGGAAAUAGUUACACUUCCAAAGAUUUAUCUGACAAUAAAAUUGGGGUAAAUAAAAAACAUUUUGGACUAGAA